AUGACCCCUGCUGAGGCGCGUUGGGUGGAUCGUACGGAUGCACGCGGGGGCACCACCCGCGAAAACUGGCUCAAGUUACUUGACGCACAACACACAGAAAAGGAGGCACAAGAAGAAGCGGAAGCGAAACGUGGCGCAGAUUUCGCUGAGCAGCAGGCGCGCGAACUCGGCCGGAUUUCUGAGUUUCACUUGCUGGAUUGUUCCGCAGCUGCGGUGCCCGAGAAGUAUCGAGGCAAAGACUUGAAGGUCAUAGUAAAAGCCGCGAACUACAUACUAAAGCCAGGCCAGGAAUAUGUAGGAACCUGGCACAUGGAGGGGAUGCCCCACGAACAAAUUGCGGCCUCGGCUAUAUACUAUUAUCAAGCUGAUCCCGAGAUCCACGACCAAGGGCUCAGCUUCCGGCGCCGAAGAGAUGUCGAUGCAGAUUUUCCUAGCAAUGAACUCUACACCCACGAUGAUUUCAACAUUGAUUUCACUGAAGAGGGCGACAAAGGGAGCGACGAAGAAGAUGAGGACGAGGACGAGGACGCCGAUGAUCCUGAACCAGAGCAUGAUUAUCCUAGUGACUGGGAGUAUACGGAGUAUAAUGGAGAACGACAACCGCGUUCAACGUCCGAGCUGCCAAUUUUCACCGAGCUCGGCACCGUGCCCGCCACCGGGGUAGUUACCAAGUCCAAUCACCCCACGGGGAGGAUAAUCACCUUCCCAAAUUGGAUACAACACAAGGUUGGCGGGAUAUCUCAUUCUGUCUCCGAUCCUGCUGCACCGCCUGCAACUAGGAGAAUUCUCUGCUUUUUCUUGGUAGAUGAAAACCAGACGGACCCCGAUGACAAUGACACCGCCUUUUACCACAGCUAUACCACUUCAGGUUUGGCGGAGAUGAACGUCUUAUCGUCCUUGGAUGUCCCGUGGCAAGCACGGCCGUGCAACAUUGCCACUUUGCACCUGUUGCUUUCAGGUGCCUGGAAGUGCCUUGUAGGCAAAGAGAUCCCGGCGGAACUACGCAGUUAUAUAGUCACCGCCGCAAUCGAGGGGACCAUUACUCGAGAAGAGGCAGAGAGAUGGAGACGGGAGUUGAUGAUAGAUAGGAAGAUCAAGGCCACAGAUUUUAGGGAAACUAGAUUUUGGGAUGGUUCAUAUUCUCUUUGCGAGCAUUAG